CCCCCCCGGCCUCCAGCCAUGAGGGUGCUCUGCGUGGUCCUUGCUGUGCUCCUGCUUUUCUCCCUGGCCACCCCAGGGCACGGGCAGCCCAAGGGCUUUUGUGACGGCUACUGCGCCCACGCGUGCGACGAAACCGAGGAGUGGUCCUUCAGCCCCUACUGCGAGGAGCUGCACUGCUGCAUCCCCUCGCCCAAAAAGGGGAAAUGA